AUGUCGGGUUAUAAGCGUUCGCCGAGGCGCCCCCCUCCCCCACCGCCGCGCCGUUUGCGCGCGCUCGCACGCCAUUGGCCCGCCGCCGCGGUCGUCGUGCCCUUCCCGCCUCACGCGCAGCGUCUAGAUUUUAGAUUUCAAAUCUCGACCGUUUAUUUCGCGGUGAGCGUCGUUAGCGCGCGGACGUGUCGCGUCACCGGAUACGCGCUCCUGUUACUAUAUUGUUUGAAAAACACGGUAACGUGCCAGUUAUUGUUCGGUUCGGUGCAACGUGACGUCGGGAACGAUCAGUGCGCGCAGUGCAACGGACUCGCGUCGGCCGGGCCGCUGGCGCCGGUCGAAGGUCAAUUUCUUUCGAUGAGUGGAGGUUUAGUGCAUGUUUUAUCAUCAUGA